AAACACUGCAAGGGAGACAAGGGGCCCAGGUCUCCACCCCCUUGCUGGGUCUCACUGAGGGGACAGUCCUGGAGGCUUUGCUGGCUCCUGUCUGUCACAGCAGGCCAUGGUCUAGUGGGCUUCUGGGCUGGCACUCUCACUCCUCAAAGGCAUACGCAGAGGGUGGGGACUGCCUGCAUCUUCUGUAGUUCCCCAUCCUGCGUCCUGAGGCAUCAGCACUCAGUACUGGGGUAAGAGACCUCCAGAUUCAACUAACUUGGCAGCUGAUCUGAACUCCUGAGAGAUGAUUCUUCUGCCAGCAGCAAAAUGACCCGGAACGGCCCAAUAAUUAGGAUUCUGUUUAUGAGCAGUUUGUUGUUGCAGACUCUCCACUCAGCAAACAGUGACCAAAGAGAGAGACACAAUGACAGCAGAGGAGAAACCCACAGUGCCACAGCUCUGAAGACCCUGCAGAGAACCCCCAGCCCAGCCUGGGCGGACCCCAGGGCAGGCAAUGGCAGCGCUGAUGGCUGGAGGCGGCUGGACUCGAGGCUCUACUCCGGGAUUCCCCUGGAUGGUGCGCCCCGACCCUCACCUGUGCCCUCCAUCCGCGCCCCAGGUGCGCCCCGACCGCGCUGCUGCAGGAAUGGCGGCACCUGCGUGCUGGGCAGCUUCUGCGUGUGUCCCGAAGACUUCACGGGCCGUUACUGCGAGCACGACCAGAGGAACAGCGAGUGCGGGGCUCUGGGGCACGGAGCCUGGGCCCUGCGCGGCUGCCACCUCUGCCGCUGCCUGUUCGCCGCGCUGCACUGCCUGCCACUCCCCACGCCCGGCCGCUGCGACCUGCAAGACUUCCUGGCCUCUUACUCUGAUGGGCUGAGCGCACCUUACACGCUGCAUUUUCUCAUCUUUCUGGCCUGCCUCUUGCUCACAUGGGCCCUCAGGGAUGGGCAGUGACUUCUUACUAGACUCUGAGCACCCUCCCUGCACCUCUACCCUGGGCAGGGUCACAGCACUGGAUACUACAGCUACUACCAUGCCCUCUUCACUGUCGUGCUUUGUGGUAGAUUUGAGGUGUUUCCAUAAAUGGAAGCUCAAUAAACAUUUGCACACAAAGGCC